AUGCCCCCCACGGUCACGGUCCUGCUCUGCCUCGGGCUGAGUGUGGGCCUGGGGACCCCGGUGCCGGCAGGGACCCUCCCCAAACCCAUUGUCUGGGCUGAGCCAGGCCCUGUGAUCCCCUGGAGGAGCCCUGUGAGUAUCUGGUGUCAGGGGCCCCUACAAGCUAAGGAGUUUCAUCUGUACAGCGAGAAAAGCCAAGGGCCCUGGGACAGGCAGAAGCCACAGAACCCCAGGAACAAGGCCAAGUUCUCCAUCACACACAUGACAAAUGACACUGCAGGGAGAUAUUACUGUUAUUAUUUUGGCAAAAAUAUCUGGUCAAAGCCCAGUGACCUCCUGGAGCUGGUGGUGACAGGAUCCUACAGCAAACCCAGCCUCUCAGCCCUGCCCAGCCCUGUAGUGACUUCAGGAGGGAACGUGACCCUCCAGUGUGGCUCACGGGAAGGCUUUGACAGGUUCAUUCUGACGAAGGAAGGAGAACGCAGGCUCUUCUGGGCCCUGGACUCACAGCGACACCCCAGUGGGCAGUCCCAGGCCCUGUUCCCUGUGGGCCCCGUGAUGUCUGUCCACCGGUGGAGGCUCAGGUGCUAUGGCUGUUACACGGACAGACCCCAGGAGUGCUCACAGCCUAGUGACCCCCUGGAGCUGCUGGUCUCAGGAGGCUCAGGGAAGCCCUCCCUCCUGACCCAGCAGGGCCCCAUCGUGGCCCCUGGACAGAACCUGACCCUCCAGUGCCGCUCGGACCUCGGCUAUGACAGGUUCGCUCUGUCCAAGGAGGGGGCACAGGCCCCCCGCCAGAGCACUGCCCUGCAGCCCCGGGCGGGGCUCUCUCAGGCCGACUUCCCCCUGGACACGGUGCGCGGCUCCCACGGGGGCCGGUACAGGUGCUACGGGGGACACAGCGUCUCCUCCGAGUGGUCGGCCCCCAGUGACCCCCUGGACAUCCUGGUGGCAGGAUGGCUCCCUGACAGACCCUCCCUCUCGGUGCAGCCGGGCCCCAUGGUGGCCUCAGGAGAGAAGGUGACCCUGCUGUGUCAGUCACGGAGCCCGAGGGACAGCUUCCUUCUGACCAAGGAGGGGGCGGCCAACCCCCCCCUGUGGCUCAGACGACAGCCCCGAGCUCAGCAGCACCAGGCAGAGUUCUCCAUGGGGCCCGUGACCUCGGCCCACGGGGGCACCUACAGGUGCUACAGCGCAAACCACAGCAGCCCCUACCUGCUGUCGCAGCCCAGUGACGCCCUGGAGCUCCUGGUCUCAGACUCCCAGACCCAAAACUACACAGCGGGGAAUCUCGUCCGCAUGGGCGUGGCUGGCCUGCUGCUGCUGGUCCUCGGGGGGCUGCUGCUUCAGGCUCGAGACACCGAGAGGACGGCCCACGCUGCCGCCAGGAUGUGA